AUGCUAUUUUUGCCCUUUUUAUACGUUACAACUUUUUUAACGACAAAUUCACUCGGAACAGAGCUAUUUGAAUACGGUAUUGAACAUGGUGAUCAGUUGCUAUCAUUUUCAAAUGACUCAUAUGCAAUAACAUUGGAUGUACCAAUAAUAUAUUUUGAAGAGAGUCAAACUGAAUUAUUCAUCUCUUCAAAGGGUAUUGUAACAUUUGGUAAAGCUGCCGAUUUUACGGAAAUAAUCGAUUUGGAUCAGGAAAAAAUUAAUGCAAUUGCAAUAUUUUAUGCUCCAAUUAAUGCUGGGAAAACUUUUUAUCGAGCAACUUCAACUGAUACAAAUUUAUUGUAUGAUUUGACGGAUAAAAUUCGAAAAAAUUUUCCGAGUCGAGAAUCAUCUGAUUUCACAGCUCUUCAUGCUGUUGUGAUAACAUGGAUUGAUAUAAUGACAGAUGAUAUUGAGCAAGGCUCAAAUCAAUUUCAGAUGGUUUUAGUAACAGAUGGAAUGAGCUCUUACGUUUUUCUCAUUUACAAUCAAAUAAGUUGGACUGGAAAGAAUGAACAAUUUGCACAAGCUGGUUUGUACUUCUCCGAUGGCAGGCGUGAAACUAUGGUCAAUAGCGGGACACCUAGUAUUAGGGAACUUGUGAACUUAUCAAAUAAUCAAAAUGAAGGCACUUACAUUUUCCGAAUAUCAGGUGCUUCACCAGAAGAUCCACGAGGAACACUGAUUGAGGAUGAUUAUAGUUACAGUGAUUAUGAAUCAGAGUAUGAUCCUGAUAGUGAACAUAAACGACAGAAUAAGCUAUUAUCAGAAUAUUGCCCAACAGAUCUAUAUCGUGACCAAUGUCCAGUGGAAUGUGAAGUAUUGACCGACGACCAUGGAUGCUCGCUUUGUGUUUGUGAACAACCACCAGAAUCCAGCACAACAUGGAAGGAAGAUAAUAAAGUAAGCGAAGUUGUAGUGCCAAGCCAACAUGAGGAAAUUGAUGUGGUACCUGAAGAAUCUACAACAGGUGAAAUAUUACAAGAAGAAGAAGAAGAAGAUAUCAGCAAAAAACAGCCAAAGCCAGAUGAUGAAGAUGAAGGAGAAUCAAAAUUGAUUGCUUCAACAGAUUCGGAAAAUUUCGAAUCAAUUCAGGAUGUUGAAGGCAUUGAAUUAAGUUGUGCUGCUGCGAGUAGAAAAAUGCAAUCAUGUAGUUUGCAUGGGAAAUGCAUUGAUUAUAAUCCGGGUUACUGUUGUCAGUGCUUAUCCGGCUAUUACGGUAAUGGUGAAGAAUGUUUGAAAGAUGGCGAACCACAAAGAAUUAAUGGUGGCUUUGAGGGUGUAAUAAAUGGAAAAGAAAUAGAUCGGACUGAAUUACAUACUUAUGUAAUGGUUGAAGAAGGUCGAAGUUAUACAGCACUCUCACAAAUACCACCAGAACUUGGGAGAUCGUUAUUGUUGCUAAAUGCAAUUGGUAGUGCUAUGGGAUGGUUAUUUGCUAAGGUAAUGUCACCAACAUCUUACAAUGGAUUUAUGAUAACAGGAGGAGUUUUUAAUCGUACGGUGAAUGUUCAUGUUGGUGAUCAAUAUACGGUAACAAUCAAGCAACAAUUUUCUGGCCGUGAUAUUUAUCAUUAUUUCAAAGCAUACAUGUUCAUAUCAGGGACAUUGCCAACAUUGGCGGAAGGUGCAGAGAUAAUUUAUUCAGAUCAUGACGAGGAAUAUAGACGUGAAGGACCUGGAUUUAUACGAUCAUACUCAUCGCAAAUGGUGGCAGUUAAGGAAGGCAGUACGGAAACACAAAUGAAAUUAUCAACUGACCAACAAAUACAUUACAAAGAAUGUUCAUUUAGAGAGUUUAUUGAAGAUCCCGUAGUGGUAAUUCACGUUAAUCGAAUUCAUGUUGUUUACGAUGUUGAAGAACGUAUCGUACGCUAUGCAUCCGCAAAUAUGGCAAUAAAUCGCGACAGUAAUAUCAUGAUAGCGUCAUCUGAUGCUGAUAAUCAACAGUCACAGCAAUAUCAUUACCGUAACCAAGAAUACCAUCAACAAAAUGAAAGUGUUGAAAAUCAAAGACCAUCAUGUACCAAUUGUGACCAAAAUGCUUGUGAAAGUGGUCGACAUUUAUGUAAUUCACCAAAUAUGUUUUGUACACCGGUGGAACGAUCGUAUCGUUGUGAAUGCGUAAAAGGAUAUCAAGCGGAAUAUGACAAUGAUACGGAGCUCGGUUGGAAAUGUGUUGAUAUGAAUGAAUGUGAACGAGGUGAGCAUAAAUGUGAUCGUAAUGCUCUUUGUAUCAAUUUGGAUGGUACAUUUGAGUGUCGAUGUGCUGAUGGAUACGAAGGAGAUGGACAUCUUUGUCGAAAAGUGGGAGUUAAUGGUGAAAUUGAUGAGAAACGACCAAUGAGUGGGAGCGGUUGUCUUGAUCAUCGAGAGUGUCAUCAAUGGGGAGAAUGUGUUUUUGGAAAAAACGGAGAAGUAGGUUACUGUAAGUGUCGUGGAUGGUAUACAGGUGAUGGUGUGCAUCAUUGUGGACCACCAAGAGAGACAGAUAUUAAGCAAGUAGUAAUUGAUGACUCUCAACAAGAAGAGAUAGGACAAACAUGCGGAGGUUAUAAAUGUGAUAUGAAUGCUUAUUGUAACUCUUCCUCAGGACACGAGCAAUGCGUAUGUCAGAAUGAUUAUCAUGGGAAUGGAAUUAGUUGUGUCCCGAAUUCUAAUAAUCAAGAAAAGCCAGAUAUUGUUACAGGAGAUCACGGUAAUGUUGUUGAUGACAUUAGUAAAGUUUGCCGUUCACAUGAAGAAUGUGGCGAGCAUAGUAAUUGCGUGUAUAGCAAUGAAGUUAACGCUUAUCGUUGUAUUUGUGUACCGCCAUAUUUUCAUGAUGGAGUGAAAUGUGUGGAAUCAAAAGGAGAAAAUAAUUCUAGUAAUGAAUUUCUAGAAGAAGCGCCAUGCAAUAUUUUAAAUAAUUGUAAUAUUAAUGCUGAUUGCAUCUUUGAAAAGAAUGAUCGUGGUGAAAGUGUAUAUCAUUGUCGCUGUCGUCCAGGAUUCUCGGGAGAUGGUUAUCGAUGUACGAUGACCUCUUUGGAUAAUCUUCCUGCAUAUGCUGUAUUAGGAUGUGAUCAGUUGGGUAAUUGUGAUUUAAAUGCGGUAUGUGUUUUGGAUGCAUAUACCAACCGUCAUUACUGCCGAUGUUUGGAUGGUUUUGAUGGUGAUGGAUAUAUGUGUGAAAGUAUCACACAAGAAAAUACCCUUAAACCAUCAUCUUUGCUUCCUGAACCAAUAGAUGCUAAAAUUUGCCGCGAAGCAAGUGAUUGUCAUCAGAAUGCGCAUUGUGUAAUUCGUGAAAAUUCAUUGGAUUAUUUCUGCGAAUGCUUACCUGGCUAUCGGGGUGAUGGUGUUACGCGAUGUACUACUGCAGAUAAUUGCAUACCCGGUGAUGAACAUACAUGCCAUGAGAAUGCUGCUUGUAUAUUUGAAGAAGCUGAAAGAGUAUAUACCUGUAAAUGUGCACAAGGUUUUGUUGGUGAUGGACGACGAUGUGUAGCGCAACAUGCGGUAACAUGCGAUGAACAACCAAGAAUUUGUCAUCAUAAUGCACAAUGUGUUUACAGCAGCGAUGAGGGACGAUAUAAGUGUGUUUGCAAAUAUGGUACUGUUGGCGAUGGAUAUGGAGAUUGUCAUGAAGAAGUUGAAUUGCACCGUUGCGGUGAAUGUUCAUCGCAUGCACGAUGUGUGCACAUUAAAGCGGAUAAUUCGUGGAGGUGUCGUUGCAUGCAAGGAUAUAUAGGCAAUGGCCAUUUAUGCACAUUAUAUACUAAUUGUUUGGAUGAUCGAUCAUUGUGUGAUGAACACGCGGAAUGCGUACCAAACGAAUAUGGUCAUUAUAUUUGCAACUGCCAUUAUGGAUAUCAUGGGAAUGGUCGAACUUGUACACCAGAUAGUGAAAGUCGUGAUGAAACGUUACUUAUUUGCCGCGGUAUGACAAUAAUUCAGAAAAGUAUUAAUCCUGAUUUACCAGGAAAACAGCUCGUAGUGGUACCGCAUCAAAUAGCCGUUGGUAUUGACUUUGAUUGUCAGGAGGAACGGAUCAUCUGGAGUGAUAUUGCUGGUCAUUCGAUUUUAUCAUCAUCAAUAAAUGGAACAGACGAACAAAAAUUUAUGGAUUCGGUGCUGAAAAGUCCGGAAGGUGUUGCUGUUGAUUGGUCUUCACGUAAUGUAUAUUAUGCAGAUUCGGUUAAAGAUGAAAUUGGCGUGGUCAGUCUUGACGGGAAAUAUUAUAAAACGCUUAUCAAUGAAGGAUUAGUAAAUCCACGUGCUUUAGCUAUUGAUCUCACGGACAGGUAUUUGUACUAUUCGGAUUGGCAUCGUGAAAAUCCAGUAAUUGGACGCGUGCGUUUGGAUGGUACUGGAAAUUCGCCGUUUGUAACCACAGGAGUGAACUUGCCAAACGGACUUGCCGUACUUAUGCAGCGACGUCAAUUAUGCUGGGUAGAUGCUGGUUUACAACAUUUAUCGUGUAUUGACUUAAAUGGAGACAAUCGUCGAGUUGUUUAUGCUCCACUUCAAUAUCCAUUCGGAUUAACUGUCCACAACGAACAACGUUUCUACUGGACUGAUUGGAGCGACAAUAAAAUUCAUUCGGUAUCAGUAAAUGGGGAUGGAUAUAUAUCAUUUCUGGCAACGAUCGGUGGUGGUUCAGGACGAUUGUACGGUCUUGUUUCUGUACCGUUACAGUGCAAAGGAGUUGCUACAGCUUGUGCAGUGAAUAAUGGUGGAUGCGAGCAUUUAUGUCUACCGGGAAAGACAGAUGUAACUUGUGCUUGUCCUGAUAAUAUUGAUAGGUGCUGA